AUGCUUUCACCGUCGACAAAGGCGGCCUGCUGGCUGAUGACGUUUCUGAGUGUUUUUGUCACAGGGGAAAUGCCGAUUCAAGCAGAGGUAGAACCCGAAUUUUUACAAGCGCUCGAAAAUCACACUGUAAUACAAGGAAGAGACAUUCACUUCACUUGUGUCGUCAAUCAUCUCUCCAAUUAUAGGGUAGCGUGGAUUAAAUCGGAUUCCAAAGCAAUCCUUGCAAUUCACACAAACAUGGUGGCAUUAAAUCCUCGACUGUCUGUCACUUACAAUAACCACAACACUUGGAAGCUACGCGUCAGUAACGUCCAAGCAAAUGACUCCGGCACUUAUAUGUGUCAAGUCAAUACUGAUCCGAUGAAGAGUCAGAUGGGUCACCUAUCGGUGGUUAUUCCUCCUGAUAUAGUAGACUCUGUAACCGAAGGCAGUUCUGCGAGAGAAGGUGGUAGCGUUCGUUUGACAUGUAGUGCAACUGGUGUCCCACCACCUACCGUGCUCUGGCGGAGGGAGAAUUAUAAGCCUAUUGUAUUUAGGUACGACGGUGGGAGAGAAAAAAAAGUGGUGGAAAAUUACAAAGGAGAGAGCCUUGAGCUAUCCCACGUGCAAAGACAAGACAUGGGUGUGUAUUACUGCAUUGCGAGCAACGGGGUGCCGCCCACCGUCAGUCGCCGAUAUCACGUGCAAGUGCAUUUUAUUCCACAAGUAAAGGUUACGAAUCAAUUGGUUGGUGCGCCUCUUGGAAGCAAUGUGACACUCCAGUGUUAUAUAGAAGCAUCCCCUAAAGCUAUGAACUCUUGGUAUCGUGAGGAUGCUUUAGUAAGUGACAAAUUGAUGGAAAAUCCGAAAUUUCGCAUCAUGGAGACCAUCGUGAACGAGUAUUCCUUGUGGAUGAACCUCACGAUAAAGUCUCUAGCGCCAGGAGAUUUUGGGACUUACGUGUGCGCUUCAGUCAACGCGCUGGGGAAGAUGGAGAGCCAAGUUAGCCUACACAAACUACAGCUCAGCAUGAACGGAUACGCAGACGAGCCAAUGGUGUCGGGAGCGGCGUGGCAGCGAGCGCGCAACUUGCCGGCCACGCGACCAGCGGCGUCACACGCGCACCAAUAUCUGAAACAUCUUCCACCACAACUAUACGCUAUCCUUUUAACAACCCUUCGAUAUAUUCAUACUAUUUAA